UCUGCCGCCCCCUCUCGCCCUCUGUCCGCAGCGCAGGAUGAGCAGUGAUCGGCAGCGGUGGAUGCUAUAGCAGCAGCCGGUGGGAGGCAGAGUCAGCCCAGCAAAAGUGUACAGCAGUCACAGCAGCAAUCACAGCUCCCCCAGCCCCAGCCAUCACUGAUACCCACAAUGCACAGAGACGGACACCAAAAUAGAAAUCUGGCGAGCAGGUAACAUGGCUGCACUCGGCGUUACCUUCCACUGAGGACAUCGCCCGGACUGCGCCUGCACACCGAGCAGAAGGCAGGAGACGCCGCUCAGCCGACCCCAAAGAGCGGGAGCCGGGGCCGUGACGGGGCAGCACCGCCUGAGGAGAGGGGCGCAAAUAUGGCAGCCCUGGAGCUCUAUACAAAGCAUGCGCGGGUAUGGAUCCCAGACCCAGAAGAAGUAUGGAAAUCUGCCGAGAUUCAGAAAGAUUAUAAGCCAGGGGACACCCUUCUUCACAUACGGCUCGAGGAAGGCUCGGACUUAGAAUAUCGUCUAGACGCCAAAACAAAGGAACUCCCUCCAUUGAGAAAUCCUGAUAUCCUUGUAGGAGAAAAUGACCUCACUGCCUUGAGUUAUCUGCAUGAACCAGCCGUCCUGCACAACCUCAAAGUCCGCUUUAUAGACUCCAAACUAAUAUAUACAUAUUGUGGCAUAGUUCUCGUAGCGAUAAAUCCUUAUGAGCAAUUGCCCAUCUAUGGAGCCGAUAUCAUCAAUGCAUACAGUGGGCAGAAUAUGGGGGAUAUGGAUCCUCAUAUUUUUGCAGUGGCAGAAGAAGCAUACAAACAAAUGGCCAGGGAUGAGAGAAAUCAGUCCAUUAUUGUAAGUGGGGAAUCUGGAGCUGGAAAGACUGUAUCUGCUAAAUACGCAAUGAGGUACUUUGCUACAGUCAGUGGAUCCGAUAGUGAAGCAAAUGUUGAAGAAAAGGUGCUGGCUUCUAAUCCUAUCAUGGAGGCUAUUGGAAAUGCAAAGACCACAAGGAAUGACAACAGCAGUCGCUUUGGAAAAUACAUAGAGAUUGGUUUUGAUAAGAGGUACCGGAUUGUUGGUGCUCACAUGAGGACAUACCUACUGGAGAAAUCUAGAGUGGUGUUUCAGGCAGAAGAAGAAAGAAAUUAUCACAUAUUUUACCAACUGUGUGCAUCGGCCUCUCUGCCAGAGUUCAGCGCGCUCAAACUGGGAAAUGCCAACAGUUUCCACUAUACCAAGCAAGGGAGAAGCCCCGUGAUUGAUGGAGUUGAUGAUGCAAAAGAACUAAGGAACACAAGGCAAGCUUGUUCUUUACUAGGGAUCGGAGAUCAGCAUCAGAUGGGAAUCUUCAGGAUUUUGGCUUCUAUACUUCACUUUGGAAAUGUGGACAUUAAGUCUCGGGAUAGUGACAGUUGUUUAAUUCCGCCAAAACAUGAACCCCUACUUAUAUUUUGUGAUCUAAUGGGAGUGGACUAUGAAGAAAUGUCACACUGGCUCUGCCAUCGAAAACUGGUGACUGCUGCGGAGACCUAUAUCAAGCCACUAUCACGGCUACAGGCCACCAAUGCUCGAGAUGCUUUGUCCAAACACAUCUAUGCUUCCUUGUUCACCUGGAUUGUUAAUCAUGUAAAUAAAGCUCUACUGUCAUCUGCCAAGCAAAAUUCCUUUAUUGGAGUCCUGGACAUUUAUGGAUUUGAAACAUUUGAAAUUAACAGCUUUGAGCAGUUUUGCAUCAACUACGCCAAUGAGAAGCUACAGCAGCAGUUUAACCUUCAUGUGUUUAAGUUGGAACAAGAAGAGUACAUGAAGGAACAAAUCCCAUGGACUUUGAUAGAUUUUUAUGACAACCAGCCAUGCAUUAAUCUUAUAGAGGCCAAAAUGGGUAUUCUGGACCUGCUUGAUGAAGAAUGUAAGAUGCCCAAAGGAACAGACAAUACCUGGGCCCAGAAACUGUACAACACGCACCUGAAAACUUGUUCAUUGUUUGAGAAACCACGUCUGUCCAAUGUAGCAUUUAUCAUCCAACAUUUUGCUGAUAAGGUAGAAUAUCAAUGUGACGGCUUUCUUGAUAAGAAUAAAGAUACAGUAUUUGAAGAUCAAGUAAAAGUUCUUAAAGCGAGUAAGUUUAAGCUGCUGGCAGAACUGUUCCAGGACCAUCAGCAGUCCUCAAGCCCAACCUCAACUGCUCCCACAGGUCGUACUCUCCUAUCCCGUACAGGUCUGCGUAAACCAAAGCCUGAACAUGCUAGUAAAGAACAUAAGAAAACAGUCGGACACCAGUUUAGAAACUCUUUGCAUUUGCUGAUGGAGACACUAAAUGCUACAACCCCUCAUUAUGUACGUUGUAUUAAGCCAAAUGACGUAAAGUAUCCCUUCACGUUUGACUCAAAACGGGCCGUCCAGCAGCUCAGAGCUUGUGGUGUGUUGGAAACUAUAAGGAUCAGCGCGGCAGGAUUCCCAUCUAGGUGGACGUAUCAAGAGUUCUUCAGUCGAUACCGGGUUCUUAUGAAGCAAAAAGAUGUCCUCAGUGACUGGAGGCAAACCUGCAAGAACGUGUUGGAGAAGCUCAUUGUGGACCAAGACAAAUAUCAAUUUGGUAAAACAAAAAUCUUCUUCCGUGCUGGGCAAGUAGCUUAUUUGGAGAAAAUAAGAGCUGACAAGUUGAGAGUGGCCUGCAUCCGGAUCCAGAAGACAAUACGUGGUUGGCUUUUACGGAAGAAGUACCUCCGCAUGAAGAAGGCAGCCAUCUGCAUUCAGAGAUAUGUUAGAGGAUACCAGGCCAAAUGUCUUGCCCAGUUCCUGCGCAGGACCAGAGCAGCAAUUCUUAUACAGAAGUUUCAGAGAAUGUAUGUGGUUCGCCAGAAGUAUCGCCGUAUACGGUCUGUUACACUGUCACUUCAGACAUAUCUUCGGGGUUAUGCAGCCAGAAAGAGGUAUCAGCAGAUGGUGAGGGUACACAAAGCUACUAUCAUUCAGAAGCACGUUCGCGGCUGGUUGGCUCGUAAGGCUUACAAGAGAAGCUUGGAAGCCAUUGUCUACCUGCAGUGCUGCUACCGCAGGAUGAUGGCCAAAAGGGAGUUGAAGAAAUUGAAGAUUGAAGCUCGUUCUGUUGAACAUUACAAGAAACUCAACUAUGGCAUGGAAAACAAGAUCAUGCAAAUGCAGCGUAGAAUUGAUGAACAGAAUAAGGACAACAAGUCCUUGCUGGAGAGGCUGACUCAUCUAGAGAUAACCUACAAUACGGAGAAAGAUAAGCUACGAAGUGACGUUGACCGCCUGAAACCAUUUGAAGAAGAGGCCAAAAAUGCCACAAACCGAGUGAUGAGCCUCCAGGAGGAGUUAGCCAAGCUGAGGAAAGAUCUGCUCCAGACACAGAACGAAAAGAAGAAGAUUGAGCAGAAUGCAGACCAAUAUAAAACUGAAACUGAGCAGUUGCUGUCUGAACUGAAACAACAGAACACAUUAUUGAAAAAAGAGAAGGAAGAAAUGAAUAUUCUAAUCCAGGAACAAGCUAAACGAAUGACUGAGGAUAUGGAGAAAAAAUUGUUGGAGGAAACAAGGGAGCUUGAACUUGAGCUGAAUGAUGAGAGGUUGAGAUACCAGAAUCUUCUCAAUGAGUUUAGUCGCUUGGAGGAGCGGUACGAUGACCUCAAAGAAGAAAUGAGCAUUAUGAGCCCUCCAAAGCCUGGACACAAGAGGACUGACUCCACACACAGCAGUAAUGAGUCUGAAUACACCUUCAGUUCAGAAAUCACAGAGUCUGAAGACUUUCCAUACCGGAAUGAGGAGCCAGCUGAUAAGAAAGCUCCUCUGGACAUGUCCUUAUUCCUCAAGCUUCAGAAACGUGUAAAAGAAUUAGAACAUGAGAAACAAAUUUUGCAAGAUGAUCUGGAUAAAAAGGAAGAACUUCUCCAUAAAGCAAAGAGCCAGGAGGAAGCUAAGUCCCCAGUCCGAGGCACUGAGCUGGAGUACGAAUCUCUUAAGCGUCAGGAACUGGAAUCUGAGAACAAGAAGUUGAAGAAUGAAUUAAAUGAAUUAAGAAGGGCCAUUACAGAGAAAGUUUCCCCGGAUCCGUCUGGGCCAGGGGCUCCAGUAUAUAAAGUUCUUCUCGAACAAAUGACAUCAGUCAGCGAAGAAUUGGAAGUGCGCAAAGAGGAAGUACUCAUUCUCAGAUCGCAGCUGGUUAGUCAAAUGGAAGCUAUUCCACACAAGGACACUAUGACAGACACAUUAGCUAUCUCUGAAGAUGUACAGAAAAUGAAGGACCACAGGGAGAUUGCUCAGGCUUAUACUGGCAUGAAGGAAACCAACAAGGUCCUAGAGUCGCAGCUUCAGGCUCAGAAGAAGACCUAUGAAAAUGAGGUGGAAUCUCUCAGAGGAGAGAUACAAGGUCUGAAGGAGGAGAACAAUCAUCAGCAGCAGCUCCUUGCCCAGAACCUCCAGUUGCCUCCUGAGGCUCGCAUUGAAGCCAGUUUACAGCAUGAGAUCACCCGGCUGACCAAUGAGAACCUGUAUUUUGAGGAGUUAUAUGCAGAUGAUCCCAUGAAGUAUCAGUCGUACCGGAUUUCACUUUACAGACGGAUCAUUGAUCUAAUGGAGCAACUUGAAAAGCAAGAUAAGACGGUCAGGAAACUGAAAAAGCAGCUGAAGGUGUUUGCAAAGAAAAUCGGAGAGCUAGAAGUUGGUCAAAUGGAGAAUGUGUCUCCUGGUCAAAUAGUAGAUGAGCCAAUCCGCCCACUUAAUAUUCCCCGUAAAGAGAAAGACUUCCAAGGAAUGCUGGAGUAUAAGAGGGAAGAUGAGCCAAAGCUGAUUAAGAACCUUAUAUUAGACUUAAAGCCUCGUGGUGUUGCUGUGAACCUUAUUCCAGGUCUGCCAGCAUACAUUCUAUUCAUGUGUGUGCGACACGCGGAUUACCUCAACGAUGACCAGAAAGUCCGUUCCUUGCUCACUUCAACCAUUAAUGGCAUCAAAAAGAUCUUGAAGAAAAGAGGGGAUGACUUUGAAACCGUGUCUUUUUGGCUUUCUAACACCUGCCGAUUUCUUCAUUGCCUGAAGCAGUACAGUGGAGAAGAGGCAUUUAUGAAGCACAAUUCAACCCGGCAGAAUGAACACUGUCUCACAAACUUUGAUCUUGCCGAAUACAGACAAGUGUUGAGUGAUCUGGCUAUUCAGAUAUAUCAGCAUUUGGUCAGAGUGCUAGAGAAUAUCCUACAGCCAAUGAUCGUUUCUGGAAUGUUGGAGCACGAGACCAUUCAGGGGGUCUCAGGGGUGAAACCUACAGGUUUACGAAAGAGGACGUCCAGUAUAGCUGAUGAAGGAACAUACACGUUGGACUCCAUAGUGAGGCAGCUGAACACGUUCCAUUCCAUAAUGUGUCAGCAUGGUACGGAUCCAGAGCUUAUAAAGCAGGUGGUGAGGCAGAUGUUCUACAUAAUUGGCGCGGUCACCCUGAAUAAUCUGCUGCUCAGGAAGGACAUGUGUUCAUGGAGCAAAGGGAUGCAGAUCAGGUACAAUGUGAGCCAGCUAGAAGAAUGGCUGCGUGACAAGAAUCUAAUGAACAGUGGGGCUAAGGAGACCCUUGAGCCUUUAAUUCAAGCUGCUCAGUUGCUGCAAGUGAAGAAGAAAACCGAUGAGGAUGCAGAGGCUAUCUGCUCUAUGUGCAAUGCCCUGACCACUGCCCAGAUUGUGAAGGUGUUGAAUCUUUAUACUCCUGUAAAUGAAUUUGAAGAGAGGGUACUAGUAUCAUUUAUACGCAACAUACAGAUGCGUCUAAGGGACCGGAAGGAUUCCCCUCAGCUGCUAAUGGAUGCCAAGCACAUCUUUCCAGUCACCUUCCCAUUCAACCCAUCAUCCCUUGCUUUGGAAACCAUUCAGAUCCCUGGCAGUCUCAGCCUAGGAUUCAUCUCUCGUGUGUAAAUAAAUCGUCACUGAUCUUACAUCUCUUAGACCUCUAAGUAACACUGGAAGCAUUCUGGAAUUCACCAUUGCAUCCUUAGAUACUAAAAGUCACAUGUCUCCUGUGAAUUGUACAUCAUGUAUAAGAGACUGCCAGACAGGUGGCGUAUGGUAUCCAUUAACUCAAAUUGUCUUUACCACCCGCAGUUUUGGGGACUUGCCUUGGUCUUCAACCGGAUGUAAGAUUUCCUAGAAAUAGUAUUGGUUGCCUUCCUCAUAUUAGAAGCACGGAUGUGAGGCAGGAAAUGUUUCCAUAUCUGAGGAGGAAGGUAUAGCUUAUUGUGUUAGGCUAAAUAGUGAUAGUCGAUAUGAUGAAUAUCGAUGUGUACAUCACUGUAUACACAUAAAAUAGCCAAACGACAUCCUUAUUUAUGUUAGGGGUAUAAAAAUUAAUAAAGUCUAUCAAAGUAUUAGAGAAAUCUCAGCUUACCGUGUAAUGUAGAUGUUUCUUAGCACCGUGGUUUACUAUGCAUAUUACUGUGCUGCUGUGUUUUGUGUUCUUCUGAUGUUCCAACAUCCGUAUUAGGCACUACAAAUAAAAUCCUCAUCUCUUUAUUAUCCACUAUGUUUACAGUUCAAUGUGAUCUUUGGUAGGGGGAGCCACAACGACUUACCUGGAAAGAAGGAAGCGGCAGCUUAAGCACAUGACGAUAGCUGAUAAAAUAACAGUUUUUAAUGAAAUAAAAUGUUUAAAAAGCCUUAAAGAAUAAAUAGGAUCUCAUUAUCAUGUAUAGUCCUUUUAUGGAUUUUUUUUAAUGUCAUAUUUGAGUGUUUAAAGUUCAUCACAGUAGGAUUUGCAGCUGAUGGGUUUAAUGAUUUUUGCUGUGUUUUUGGUGUUUCUAUAUUCCAUGCUGAUGUUCUGUGCAUAUUAUUUAUUUCAUUAUAUUAGGAAUGUGCUACAUCCGAAGCUUGUGCUACCGGAAUGGUUUCCUAGUACGUCACUGGCGUCAAAGACGGCAAUGCCCUGUAGUUACACCUCCUCUGUUCCAUAUUAGGGUAGAGUUUUGAGCAUGUAGGAGACACUAUUGCACUACAUUAUGUUCUGCUAGGCCACUUUAUAUGUCUUCACAUAGCUGGAUCAGAGCACUCUAGUAGUAAAUACAUCUCUAAACUUUAUUUAAGCCUUUAGAAGGACUGGGCCAUUGAUGAACCCUACUCAUGGGAUUUUCUACACAGUAAAGCUCAUGUUCUGUAGAAUAUAUCUCUGCAGAAGCAAAGCACUGUAUUUAUUAAAGGGUCCAACACCGUGGCCAAAGAACUGAUUUUUGUUAAAGGAAUUUCUCAUGUAUUAUGUUUAUAUAUAGUUUUAUGACCAAAUAUUUAUUUGCCGUGUAAGAUGUCUUUGCACUCUGAAGAGGAGUCAUUUUAUUCUGUAGAGUUCUGAAUGCUGGAAGAUUACAGUGGAAAAUGCCAUAGCGUAACAUUCUUUUCCACAAUUGAAAAUGGCCUCUAAUUAGAUUUAGUGAUGCUAGAGUAUAUAUUGCUCAGAACAGGGCAGGUCCCCAUGUGUUUGGCCUAAAGCAGGGUUGUUUAUAUUCAUCUGGUCUGCCUUUCUGCUCGUUCCAUUAAAGCUCUUAUAUGUCUUCAAUCAUUUAUGUGCUGGUUUUUAUUAUAUUGAGUCUUUUGAUCAUGUCCCUUUUUUAUGCCAAUAUCUUAUUUCUGUUCAGUAUUCAUGUGUAUUUGUUGUAGCCCUUCUCUCGAAUAAGGUGCUUGGAGACACCCUGUUACUACUGAUCGGGUGAGUUUCUCACAGGAGAAUAUUGAGUGCUUUUUUAGAUUUUUGCCUGAAUUACAAAUGGCAUUCAGGGUGUGCGAUGUUAGUCUAAUGCAUGAAGACUAAGGCUGUGUUCACAUCUGCAUCAGCAUUUCUGCCAGAAACCUCCAUCAUAGAUUCUGUUGACUUUUUGACCAAAUUAUGGACUCUCCAGAAGAACCUAUGCUCCCAUUAUGAGUCAUUGGGGGUCUAUCUGACUCUGCCUGCAUCCAUUGUAUUGGAUGUGGUGAGGAAAAAUGACCUUAGGGUAGGCGCUCAGGAG